AUGGAUCAAAGCAAAUUGAGCGAUUUAAACGACGAGAUUCUGAAACGAAGGUUUUACAACUGUAUGAUGAACUCCUUUCUUCCAGACAAGAUCUCCCAAACGCCUGCGGCGCUGUUGAAUGGCUAUUUUGCUGAAAUUGUAACGAUUAAUACAACAAACUCGAAGUUUCUCCGAUCACCUCCUGUUCAUCAUAGUCAUCAUCGCAAGUUCCACAAACAUUCAAAGGACCAUGCGAUUUAUCAUGUCCAAGAUCAGUUCCUUGAGGACAUACCCGAGGAACAGCCUGAAGUAACCAGUAUGUUGGGAAGCUGUCCUGAUCAUCAAAAAGAGAAACUGAAGUACUUUUGUGAAACUUGCGAUGAGCCCAUUUGCUUAGACUGUACAGUCACGGAGCACAGAAAACACAGAUUUUCUUAUCUACGAGACGUUUAUCAUAAGCAAAAACACAGCAUGGCCAGUCUACUAGGACAGGGAAAAACUCAAAUGGAAAACACACGAAAAUCUUUAAACGAAAUCAAAAACAUGUUGUUUAAACUUCACGAAGAACGGACGAGUAUGGAAAAAGCUAUUCAGAAGCAUACGCAGAUUUUAAUUGCGACUUUACAACAACAGGAAGAUAAAUUGUUGAAUGAACUUAACAGCGCAUUUAAAACAAAGGAAAGCUCUUUGCGGAAGGAGAAACAACAUUUUGAGCUGAUUCUUGAACGUCUGAGUGGCAGCUGUCAGUUCACUGAGGGAGCCAUAAAAAUCGGCAAUGAGUUAGAAAUUUUGGUCAUACAAAAGCACUUGAAAAGACGGCUGAAUGAGAUUUCAAACACCAGAAGAGAUUACAAUACGAAGAAUUACAGGAACAUAUACUUCUUUCACGACGAAAACUCCGUCGAAACCACUCGGAAAGCUCUCGGUCAUGUGCUCGUUUCCGAUACAUGCUCAGAUUUAUCGACGGCAAAUGGUGACGGACUAUCAAAGGCUCACGUCGGCACACCAGCAGAAUUUGUAGUGAAAGCGAAAGGUUUCGACAACCAGCCGAAAACGCGCGGCGGAGAUCUCGUGACGAUCGAUGUUCGGAGUCCAAAUAAGGCAACUGUUAGGUCGGAAAUCGUCGACAGAGGCGACGGGAGCUAUGCAGUCGGUUUUACUCCGAGUCUUAACGGCGAGCACGAAGUUGGAAUCGCAAUCCAUCAUCAACCCAUCAAAGGCAGCCCAUUUAAAGUUAUGGUUACCAAUCCCCGCAUUUACAGCAACGUAACGCGUCCAACUUUAUGCAUCGGAGGCUUGGGGGAAGUUAAAGGAAAGUUCAAGCUUCCUUGCGGCGUGGCAGUCGAUAGCGAAGGGAAAAUCCUCGUGGCCGAUUGCCAUAAUAAUCGUGUGCAGAUUUUCGAUCCUCAAGGAAAGUUCCUUAAGAGUUUCGGAAACCAGGGAGAUAAAAACGGACAACUGAAUCAUCCUACAGACGUGGCUGUCGACAGACAUGGAAACAUUAUUGUCUGUGAUAAGGACAAUCACCGCGUACAGAGAUUCACGAAGGACGGUGUCUUUAUCAACAAAUUUGGUGGUUAUGGGGAGACACAAGGCAAGUUCAAACGUCCGUGGGGAGUUUCCUUGGGCAACGAGGACGAAAUCAUCGUCACUGACCGGCGGAAUAGCAGGGUUCAAAUUUUUAAGGAGGACGGCAGCCUUUUGCGCGUACUUGGUUGCCAUGGACACGCGCAGGGACAGCUUGAUCACCCUUAUCACGCUAUUAUGGACGCUAACGGACAAAUAUUCAUCACAGACAGCAACAACCACGCUGUCAAAGUGUUUGACUCAAACGGGAACUUUGUGAGGGCGAUUGGUGCGGAGGAAAAUGGCCAAUCAAUGCUUAAGUAUCCAACGGGGAUUGCCUUCGACAUGGACAAUCACGUGAUUGUAUCUGAUCAAUACAAUCAUCGGGUUCAAGUUUUUAACGAGGAUGGAAGUUUGAAGGCAACUCUUGCCUCUGGACUCAAUGGCCUCGCCCAGAAAUGCUACCCCAAGGGUGUGGCUGUUUCUCCAGGUGGAUACAUCGUUGUUGCCGACAGUGACAAUCACCGAGUUAUUGUGCUGUGA